AGAACUAGCAGCGCGCCGGAAAACUACAAUUCCCACAAUCCGCUAUUCACAGGAAGUAAUGUAUUCGUAGGCUUUUCGUCUUGUAAUCUUCAUAUUUUGUAGUCCCUGUUCGGCAAGAAAGUAAAAGCAGCCCGCUAUGGAGAGAUGCAGGUUGGACGUGUCUGCACAUGUGUUGUUAUGAUUCAGGUACGAAGGAUGUGCAAAAUCACCAAAGUCACCAAGUCAAAACCAUGAAUAAAACAGCAAAGUCUACUUGUGAUUCUGACCGACAGAGUAAAAAAGUCAAAACGAGUCAUGGACCGACACAGGGCACUCAAGGUAAGAAAGCAGAUGUGAAGGGCUGGGCAGCUGGAAAAGAUGCUUGUUCUCCUGGACCUGAGAGAAGCUCUGAGUCUUCCCACACUAUGCAAAAACGUGCUCCGAAGGAGGCCAGAUCUACUCAUAGUGACAGUCACUCAUCCCAGCAGCAUCUGAUGAAGACGCCGUCUGCUGAAGAUGAAAAGGGUGAUGUGGACCUGUACAGAGGUGAAGAGGAAAUUCAAAAAGAGCUGCAAGACAAGCAGCAGUCAGAGUCAGCGGCUGUUGGUGAGGCCCAGAGCAGCGUGUCAGCUGCAGAGGAUCUUCAGACCUACAGUGAGAGAGAAUGGAAAGGCAACACCACAAAAAGUCUGCUUAUUCGAAAGGGUUAUGAAGCAAUAGCCAGUGAGUUCAACCUGCGUAGGGUAAGAGGUGAUAACUAUUGUGCAUUAAGGGCAACGCUCUUCCAGGUGCUCAGCCAGUCAAAACAGCUCCCUGCCUGGCUACAUGACUCUGACAUUAGCAAGUGGCCAAAAGAGAUUCAGUCUGAUCAGGAUUUCAUAAAGGAGUGGCAGUUUCCAUUUGAAACUAGCAAGAGCAAAGUGCAGCAUCUUGAACAAUGUCUGGAGCUACUGAAGAAAAGGUGGCAAGAGACUGUCCAGUGCAGAAGUCUUGAGGAGAGGGAGCGUAUGUGCCGGCAGGUGUUCAGAGGUCACGAUGAGGAGUAUGAGCUUCUGGAAGCGCUGAAGUUCUUGAUGCUGAGGACUGCCAUUCAUUUGCACUCAGAUAUGGAGAAAGGCUCUGAUGUACCAGAGUUCUGCUGGCUUCUCUUUGCUCGUGACUCAUCCAAAUGCCCUAAGACCUUCCUCACCAACCACCUCAGACAUGUAGGCUUCAGUGGUGGGCUGGAACAGGUGGAGAUGUGCCUCCUGGGUUAUUCCCUUCAGCAGACGAUGCGGGUUGUUCGACUGUACAAGUGUGAUACUGAAGAGUUUAUUACAUACUACCCAAACAACCACAAGAAGGACUGGCCUUCUCUAUGCUUGCUUACAGAAGAUGACAGACACUACAAUGUACUCAUCCCCAAAAAGUCCUCCAAAUUUGAUGCAUAUGGUAGGCCAAAGUGGAAUCCACCUUCAGAUGGACAACCAAGCAUAACGACACGUCUUUAAAGAGUAAAUCGCAAUCACACACAAUCUACCGAACUCAGGAGUUACAAUCCUUCAUGUUUUCCACAUAGCUGUUCUUGACUUUAAGUUUUGGGAUGUUUUUUUUCUUUCAUGUUUUAAUUCUUAUAAAUUUAAAGAUUUGCUUAUCUUUAUUCUGCUACCUAUGUAAUUUUAAAUAGAAGGAUAGAAUCGUAUGCAUUUCUAAAUAAAUUAUGUGCAAUAGUUUUAUGAGACAUAGCUGGAACUCCAGCUAAGAUGAGAGGAUACUAUUUGUUUUGAUUAGUUGAUUAUGAAAUGAUUAGUUUACAAGGUUAAUUAUUUCUUUGCUUAUUACAAUAAAUUUAAACUGUAAAUCUA